UACAUCCAUGGUUUAGGUUUACACGCCCAUGUGAAGUUCUACAAGUGCUGUUAUCAACCACAAGUAUUGCAUCAAGAGGCAGGAACCGUACAAACAUCUCUGCACGUACAACUUCACUGGAUGCAGCGUCUAAGUGUGUGUAAAGUGUGACAAAGUAUGGCAGUCAACGCUCUUUAUUCGCAUAGAGACCCUAUGCUGAAGAAGAGAGAUGACUUUGAGGACAUUUUGGAGGAGAGGAGGAACUCCAGCGACCUGAAAUACGCCCUCAGAUGUUACACUCCGGUUCUUUACAAAGGUGUGACGCCCUGUACAUCCAGCAUGCUGAAGAGCAUGGUGCUUCAGUCUGAUCAGCUACAUUACGUCAUCAACCAGGUUUCCAAAGAGACGGGCAAGGCGACUGAUGAUGUCAAGGAGGAGGCGUCGGCCAUCUUGGAGGAGAUGGCUCAAUGUCUGCAGCUCAGCACGGUUCGCUUCUUUGCCUUCACUCUCACCAAGGCCUUUAAAACCUUGUUCAGGAGCAUCUGCGUCAACGAAGACGGCAUCCAGAGGCUCCAACAGGCCAUUCAGGAGCACCCGGUAGUCCUGUUACCCAGUCACCGUAGUUACAUGGACUUCCUGCUGAUGUCAUACAUCCUGUACACCUACGACGUGGCUCUGCCGGUCAUUGCUGCCGGCAUGGACUUUAUGGGGAUGAAAUUUGUUGGAGAGAUGCUGCGGAUGUCUGGAGCGUUCUUCAUUCGAAGGUCUUUUGGUGGGGACAAGCUGUACUGGGCUCUCUUCUCAGAGUACGUCAAGACCAUGCUCAAGAAUGGAUUUGCACCAGUUGAAUUUUUCCUAGAGGGGACCAGAAGCCGAACGUCCAAGUCUUUGACUCCAAAGUUGGGUUUGUUGAAUAUAGUCAUGGAUCCGUUCCUUAAAGGGGAGGUGUUUGACGUUAAUGUGGUCCCAGUCAGCAUCAGCUAUGAGAGGGUCUUGGAGGAGACGCUUUAUGCCAGAGAGCUGCUGGGUAUUCCCAAACCCAAAGAAUCCACUUCAGGUCUGUUCAAAGCCAGAAAGAUCCUCAGUGAAGACUUCGGCAGUAUCCAUGUGUACUUUGGUCAACCUGUGUCUGUCAGAAGUUUAGCCCAGGGCAAAGUUAACCGCUGCCAGUUCAACCUGGUACCAAGACACAUACCCAGGAGGCCCGGCGAGGACAUCGCCAGCUUUGUGAAUGACUCGGCCUACGGGCUGGUGCGGGCCCAGGAGGAGAACAUGGUCCUGAAGCCGUGGGUCCUCGUGGCCUCCCUGCUGCUCCAGCACCACCACCAAAACCAGGCGGCGGGGCAGAAACGGGGGAUAGCACUGGGCGAGCUGACUGCACAAGCUGUGUGGCUCAGGGACCUUUCCCGGCAGUACGGAGCCUUCCUCCACUGGCCCGACCACAUUCCUCCUUCAGAGGUAGUUUCCUCUAGUCUUACCCUGCAUCGGGGUCUAGUGAGGGUUUGUGAGGAAAAAGUCCAGCUGGCAGUGGAACAAGCAGGAGGACCAGCGGGGCCAGGGCCUCACAGCUCCGUCGCUCCAGAAGAGGAGCUCUUGAGCCAGGCAGUCAUCGUACUCUCCUGCGCCUCCUACAGGAACCAGGCGCUGCACGUCUUUGUCCGCCCGGCUCUGCUGGCCUUAGCCAUCCACACCGCCUCCUCCAACCAGAAACAGGAGGUCUUCAACAGUUUCAGCUUCUUAAGAAACAUGUUCUCCAAUGAGUUCAUCCUCUGUCCUGGAGCUACAGUGCAGGACUUCGAGGAGGCCUGUUACCUGCUGGUGAAGACCGGAGCUCUGCAGUUUACCCAGCAGGAGGUUCUGGUAACUGAAAGAGGACACAGUACACUGGCCUUCCUCUCCAGUAUGUUGGAUCCCUUCUUACAAGGAUACCAGGUGGUGUGCCGGUUCCUGUGUGAAGAGGCCACUGAGACUCUGACAGAAAAACAGUUUAUUCCCGCAGUCCGGAAGUUCAUCAAAAAACAUCUUCUAGCAGAUCCAGGUAGAUUAAGAUACAUGGAGGUGUUGUCAUCUGACCUCCAGAAGAACUCCCUGGCAGCUUUGCUAAGACUUGGAGCUGUAUGGAAAAUGAAAGGAGUGGAGCAGGAGAUGUUAAAGGUUAACAAGGUGAUGGUGAACUCUUUGGAAGACACUUUAGGAGGAAAACUCCCCACUCAGAAAGCGGCCGUCGCUCGCCUCUAAUGCACCGCCCUCAUGAGCCAAGCGAGGACUGGGGGGGGGGGUCCAAACCUCCUACCUGAUGCGACGAUGUCUCCGCUCUUCUUGGUCGGCUCAUCCAAAGGCGGUUCGGCCAAAGUGCUUUCUAUGAGAGAUGGAACAAAACAAAAGACUUGCCAUCUGGUGACAGCUCAAUUUAUUUUCGUUUUUCUUUAAUUUCACUAUCUUCUCUUCACGUCUCUUUUCAAUAAGCCUGUUUUCUCUCUCUCUCUCUCUCUCUCUCUCUCUCUCUCUCUCUCCCUAUCCGAUCUUUCUAUUAAGAACCUUUUAUAUAUGUUCAUAAAGCCAGAUGAUGAGUAAGGCCUUCAAAGCUCUUUGCCUCUUUCUGAAACGCUGACCUUUUGCUAUGAGCAGCCUUGUGAAAGCUUCUGAAUGUGCCAACUCCACUCAGCAUUCAGUAGUGGCCAUUCUCCAUUAAUGCAUUUGAUGUGUGUUCUCUAACACUCCGCGUGGCAUAUCUUUGUGUUACUCUCAGUCUGCUUUUUCAUGUCUUUCUAUUUAUAAGCUGCUAGUAUUGUCUUUUAUUUUAUUUUUAUUUUUUUGAGCACUUUAAUGAAUUUAUUCAUUGUGGUGUGGACCCAUAUCUUAACACUCUUUUAACAUACCGUUUUCUCUUUUUUAUUUUUUUUCAUGAAACAAAAGUUACUCAAAUUGGUGGAUAAGAAGAUUUGGGUGGUUAUUUUAGCUUUUGGUAAAAAAUUGUGUGCAUUUUGUUUUGCACGGUUUGAACAAAAGAGUUUUAUAUAUUUAAGUUGAACUUGCCACAGACCCAAGAUCUACUUCAAGAACCGCUUGUACCCGCUGUCAUUGUUGGAUUUAAAACCACCCUCAGGCCUUUUGCCAACAUGCCGAGCUUUAUUCGUCUUUGUUUACACAGUGGAGAUAAUGCUACAGGUCUAAUGUUAGUUGCCAAUACAAUUGCAGUUAGUUAUACUGAAGCACUGCCAGCUACACCAAAGGAGGAAGUUUUUGUUCACUGUUGGAGAUCAUUUACAUACUUUCUCAUGUUCUCCAGUCUAGAAUAGUUAGUGAAGUUGCUUUAUAGGUACUGAUUUAAAUUUAGAGAAUAUAUUAAAGUGUAUCUAUAGUUGCAGAGAAUUACUUGAUGUAAUUUUGUUACAAGGGAAAGAAAGAAAAAGCCAAAUAAAGGAAAAUGGGAGCUGUAACACAGAAACUCAGAGGAUUAACAGUCACGUCAUGCAAAGAGCUUUAAAUUAUCAGACCAACAGGUGAUAUAUAAAUAUAUUAAAAAAAAAAUAUAUAUAUAUAAUUUUUUUUUUUUUACAGACUUGUUAACCUACUUAGCUGACCUGUUCAGAUGGAUGUAAUUUUUAUCAAAUUUUUUGAUUAGUUUAAAAAUCCUUAAUUUUAAGCUAUUUAUUUGGUUGUUAAAUAGCAAUAUUACCUUGAAAUCCCAUUGCAGUGCUGUUAGCAGUUUGGAGGUUUUAGAGAAACAGGCAGAGCUGCUUUUGAAAGAAAAAAAAAACCUCAUUGGUUGAGUUAAACCUCGCGGUAGAACCCAACAGGUACUCCAACACUUCACUCGCAUUUUGACCGCACGGAAAUAGUUAAAAUUCUGGUUCUUGGGCCAUAAUUCAAUGAACCAAUGAACAGGUCUCGUUGAAAUAAAGGGACAUCAUCUGUUUGUUUUUUCACAUGCUCUAUCCAUUGACGUCAUUGUAGCCCAUAUUAAGUUGAUUAUCUUCCAUUUUGAAACCAGCCAAACGCGCCUAUAAAAACUCACACACUGCAUGUCAUCCAAAGUGCAAGUCUCCAGUAGAAGUAAGGUAUUUGAGAGGAUGCAUCUUCCCAGUAUUUGUAUGUGGUGCUAAAGUUCAUAAAGUUCCACUGUUGAAAACCCCAAACUAAAAAGGUAGAACACACACACAGAUCUUCAGGACAAAGUUGAUUAAUGUCAAUUUCACCAAUUUUAUUCAGGCCAUGUCAAACAAGCAUUUCAUCAGAGCAUGCAUACCCUUUUGUUACCAGGUGUUCAGGUAUUCAAUGUUUCAAGUCUACAGUGUGAGUGUAUUUGUGGUUUUUCAAUAGCAGCUUUUAUACGGUAUAAUGUCUAAAUAUUUGACGUGUGUGUGUGUACUUACACGUUUAAGUGUGUAUGUGUUGGUUGAGGCCUUUUAUUACUGACUGUACAGGCUGAUGAAAUACAAAAGCAUGUUAAUAAAGUGUUUUGAAAUACAUA